AUGAUGAGAAAUAAUAGAAAUAAGACGGGCGAUGCAGCGGAUGAAACCAACUACAGGCCGAUAUCCUUGGCGACCAUCUCUGCUAAGGUUCAGAAUAGUCUGCAUGAUACACAGUUAAGUAAGACAGUUAAGUUCCAUGAUGCUCAGUUCGGGUUUAGGCCUGAACUAUCAACGGAGAGCGAAAUACUGUGUCUCAAGCAGACAGUGCGGUACUACACGGACAAGAAGACUCAGGUGUAUGUGUGUUUCAUGGAUUUGUCUAAAGCCUUCGACCGAGUGUCUUAUAAAAUCCUAUGGCAAAAACUAAGACGGGAAAGUAGCUUGAGACCAGAGUUGGUUUCACUGUUGAAAUAUUGGUACGGUAACCACACUAACACAGUUAGAUGGGGUAACGCCUUAAGUGAUCCCUACAAACUAGAGUGUGUGGAGUGA